UCAGUCCGUUUGCCGUGUCAGUGAUGGGAGGCCUGACACCGGCCGGCGACACGCGCCUUCAGGUGGAGGUCACCGAUGUCAAACUGCACGUGAACGCAGCGGCCAUCCACCUGCUGACGUCCAUCAGUUCCGGCCUGACGAGCGCGCCGCCGCGACCCGAGGACCCGGCCACCACCCAGCCGGCCUGGACCGAGCUGUGGGACACGCGCGACGUGCACAGCUUCAACUUCUGGUUCCUGCAGCCCGAGACAGCCGAUGAGGCGAUGCAGCAGGACGACUCGGUGGCGCCGGCGGCGGUGGCGACCGGCGCGGCCAGGCAGGCCCACCGCGAGGAACUCAUCUUCAAGAUGCGCUCGCUGAGUGUCACCGUGGAACAGGUGGUGGGCGCGCGUAACGUGCCGCUCGUGCUGCUCGAUGCCUCCUUCGAGGCCCAGGUCAAGGACUGGAGCGCCAAGCUGCUGGUCGAGUCCUCCCUAAAGCUGGAGCUGGCCUACUACAACAGUCUGCUGGCCGCCUGGGAGCCCAUCAUCGAGUGCGUGGAGCGCCGGGACGCCGGCAUGGUCUCCUUCUCUCCGUGGGAGCUACACAUGAAGGUGGAGAAGAACGAGGAUCACACGGAGAUCACGUCGCCCCUGUCCCCGGCUUCGGUCAGCUCCGACGUCGCCGAGCUGGUCAACUUUCAGCCGCCCGUGCUCAGCAUUCACGUCAGCACUAAGGACCCGCUGGAGGUGACGGUGACCAGGACGUGUCUGGACGUGCUGACCGACCUGCAGGAGUCGUUGGCCAACGCUCUGGAGCUGACCGCUCCGGUGGCUGACGAGACUGACGCCCACUUCCUGAUCCGGAACCAGCUGGACCAGCGGGUGGUGGUGCUCACCAACGGAGAGUACACGGUGCACGGCUCUGAUAUAGAGGAGGUGGUGCUGGACGAGGGAGCCGAGGUGCCCCUCAUGGCCCGUGACCUGGCCUCCGUACAGCGGGCGGCCUCCUCCACCGCCGCCGCCGACACCAAGACCGUCCGCGUCAAGGUGCCGGCGCUGGACUGGACGGCUGACAUCCCUGUGACGCGCGCCGAGAGUCGUUUCUUCCGCGUGUCGCCGCGCCGAGGUGACGGCGGAGACUCGCGCGGUCUGCUGGCGGACAUCCGCGCCCACUUUGACUCCAAGAUCGUCACCAUACGCAGCUGUGUGCAGGUGGAGAACCACCAGUCCGUACCGGUGAAGGUCUACUACAUGAACAGCGGCGGCAAUGAGCUGCACUGUGUCGGCGUGGCCGAGCCGCACGGCAUGCUGGCACUGCCGCUCGCCGCCGUCUACUCAAACACCGCCGAGAUCUUCUUCGGAGUCGAAGGGUACACCGUAUCCGUUCAGCCGUUCGUCUGGCGAGAGCUGCAGAACACGCCCGAGGUCACCCGCACACUCAAGUGUGACAGCAAGAAGGGCAAGGAAGGACAUCCGUUCUGUAUGCUGUGUCACGGUGAGAUGAAGCCGGUGUUUUUCGAGGCGUCACGCGCCAAGACGCUGACUUCCCGCUCGUAUCGGAUCCACCUGCGGCCACCGGCGGUGCUCAGUAACCUGCUGCCUGUCGAGGUGACCUACCUGCGGCCGGGAGACCUGGAGGCCGUGGUCCUGCCGCCCGGCGGGUCCUGCCAGAUGUCCACCGCCCAGGCCGGCGAACGGGUCACACUGCAGCUCUCCAGCUACCUGGACCGGCGCUGGGCGUGUAACCACCUACUGGAGGAGCCGACCGACGGACGGGACGGGCUGAGUGUGUGGAGCUUCAUCUCCGCCGACGGCGACCACCAGGCGGACCUCAGUCUGGGCGUACACACUCGCUCGGUGGACGGGUCGCUCCAGCUGGCGCUCUACGCGCCCUUCUGGAUGGUCAACCGGACCGGCAAAAUGCUCACCUAUAAGACGGUGGGCGAGGCGUCCAGCCUGAUCUACCACCCGGAGACAUUCACCGAGCCGGUGCUGUUCUCCUUCAAACCGAGCUCGUUCUUCUCCAAGAAGAAGGCGUCGGUGCGUGUGGAGGACUCUGAGUGGUCGGAUAAGUUCUCACUGGACACGGUCGGCAGUGGAGGAACGGUCACCUGCGCCAGUCACAGCACUGAUUACGGGGUGAGACAGCGAGCGACAUACUGCGGGCCGUCCACCGCCCUGAGCUCCUCUCCAUCCCUGCUUCGCCCGAUGCCGGGGCCGCAGCGGCAGCGCUCGGCGCGUCUGGAACCGCCCAGACCCGGCUCCGGGCCCGCCACACGGUCGUCAUCGGUGGCGUUCUGGCGUCGGCCCGGCUCACGGCGCCAUCGGGAUCUGACUAUCAGCGUGCAGAUCCAGCUGAGCCGGUCGGGUCUGACGCGUCAGGUGUACUUCCUACCCAGCGUGGUGGUGGCCAACAACGCGCCAUAUGACGUGCAGAUUCACGAGGCGCCGGCCGAGGAAGACUGGUUCACCAUUCCAGCAAACUCGUGUCUUCCGUUCUGGCCGCGAGACAAAAACAAGGAGCUGCGAUGUCGCGUGGCGGGAACCACGGAGGAGACCACCUACUUCUCCUACAAAAUCACCAACGACUGCCUGCUACACCUAAAAAACAAGUACGGCGGUAUCAGCACCAGCGUGCAGGUGGACGAGGCGUCCACCAUCAUCACACUGGACGACUACGUGGACGGCAUGGCCACGGUGCGCCUCAUCAACCACACACCUUCGGACGAGGUGGCCUACCACCAGCGGCCCUUCGAGCAGCGCAGUGUGCUGAAGCCGGGCGAAGUUCGCCUCUACACCUGGGAACGUCCUACCAGCGAGCGUACCCUCUCCUGGAGCUGCGGAAAGGUCAAGGGCCGGAUAGACCCGCUGGUCAAGGACGGUAUCGAGGAGUUUGAGGGCAAGGACGGCACUCCGCUGUACUGGGUCAGCUUCCUGGACGGCAUGCAGCGGACACUGAUGUUUACUGCGGACCUGGCCGUGGCCACGCAGGCACACAAUGCAGUGGAGCUGGAGCGGAUAGACCAGGAGAUUACGGUGGAGAUCGAGGGCGUCGGCCUGUCUCUGGUGAACAACAUCACCCAGACGGACGUCAUGUACCUCGGCAUCACCAGUUCGGGCGUGGUCUGGGAGACCCAGAAGGCGCACGGUAAGCGGUUCCGUGCCAUGACCAGUCUACAGUGCGCCCUGCUGGAGCGCGCUCACCAGACAUACGAGAACCAGCGGAUGGUGGGAGCCACCGCGCCCACCCGACAGGUCCUCGAUAACAAAAUGGAGGUGGACUUUGCGUCGAUGCAGCUACUGCAGCCGAACCGGCGCUACCUGCGACGCACGUUCCAGAGCGGCGUGUGGCUCCAGCUGCGCACCAGCGCCCACCAGCGCCAGUUCCACGCCAAGCUGAACCGGCUCCAACUGGAUAACCAGCUGCGCGACUCGGUCUUCCCCGUGGUACUGGCGCCCGUGCCGCCGCCCAAGUCCAUCGCUGCGGAUAGUGUUCCGAAGGCGUUUGUGGAGAUGUCCGUGGUUGAGAGACUGGCCGAACACACCAUGGUCCGGCAGUACAAGUACUGCAAGAUGCUGAUCCAGGAGUUCCACGUCAAGCUGGACCAGGGCUUCAUCGCCGCGCUGGUGGACGUCUUCAGCGUGGACAAGCUGAACCGGAACACGAAGGAGCUGGUCGAGAGUGAUCUGGAGCUGGCGAGGGAGGAACUGGAGAAAAAGGUGGCCAUCCGAAGCCUCCAGGAGCAGAGGAACUUCUUCGACUUCCUGCACUUCUCUCCGCUCAAGAUUCACGUGAGUUUUUCGAUGACGGGAGCCGGCGGCGGCGGCGGCAGCGGCAACUCGUCGGGCGGCCCGCCGAUCGCCUCCGGCUUCGUCCAGCUGCUUCUUCAGAGUGUGGGCGUCACACUGACCGAGAUACAGGACGUCGUGUUCAAACUGGCGUACUUCCAGCGCGAGCACCAGUUCCUGUCUCAGACGGAGCUAACCUCCGAGGUGACGGCCCACUACACGGGCCAGGCCGUCAAGCAGCUCUACGUUCUGGUGCUGGGGCUCGACGUGAUCGGAAACCCGUUCGGGCUGGUGGUCGGACUGACAGACGGAGUUUCAGACCUGUUCUACGAGCCAGUUCAGGGUGCGAUCCAGGGCCCGGGCGAGUUCGCCGAGGGUCUGGCGCUGGGCGUGACAAGUCUGUUCAGUCACGCGGUGGGCGGCACGGCCGGAGCAGUGUCCCGCAUCACCGGCACGCUGGGUAAGGGUAUCGCCGCUCUGACGCUGGACCAGGAGUACCAGCAGAAGAGGAGGGAGGCGAUGAACCGCCGGCCGGCCGACUUCACCAGCGGCAUCGCCCAGAGCGGCCGCGGCCUCUUCAUGGGCGUGGUGGACGGUGUGACUGGCGUCGUGAGAAAACCGAUCGAGGGCGCUCAGGAGGAGGGCGCCCUCGGCUUCGUCAAGGGCAUGGGCAAGGGCAUGGUGGGCCUGUUCACCCGGCCCACGUCGGGCGUGGUGGACUUUGCCAGUGGCUCCUUCGAUGCCGUCAAACGGACCAUGGACCAAGACGAGGUGACUCGACUGAGGCCGGCGCGGCACUUCCAGGCUGACCGCAUCAUCCGGCCCUACGUCCGACACGAGGCGGAAGGAGCCAAAACGCUGCUGGAGUUGGAGAAGGGCCGGUACGCCUCCACGGACACGUACGUGGCCCACGCCAUCUGCCGACCGGACCGGCGGCUGGUGUUCCUGCUGACAGACCGGCGUGUGCUGCUGCUCACCAGAAACGAGAUCUUCGGCAACUGGCAGGUGGAGUGGACGUUUAUGUGGAAGGAGCUGACCGGCCCGCCCAAGGUCACCAGUAAGGGUCUGGAGCUGGGUGUGCCGUCCUCCAAGCGGGGCUUCUCGCUGUUCAGCGGCUCGGAUGGCGUCAAAGUGGUGCCCAUCACCGAUCAGGCCAGCGCGCAGUGGAUGAAGAGCAAAAUGGAGGACACGAUGCGUCAGUACAACGUACAUUGAAGCCGCUCGACACCACACCCUUCAAUAACGGUGUGCCAUGAUCACACUACUCCAGCUUCGUGAUCCUUGAAGACAGAGUUGUGUUCGGAGGUUUGGGGAGGUGCCGGGAUCCAGUACCAAAGGACCGACCUCGUCGCGGUCAGUGUUCCGUCUAUGACACGUCGCUCGACCCGCGCUAACUCGCUCGGUGUCGCAAUCUGUUUGUGUCGUCUCGUCGCUCCGUCUUGCCUUACAACUCUGUGCCUGUAUCGCUGUCUCCGACUAUACGAGUCCCCUAUCCGCUGGUGUGGUCGCCAAAGGCUGUCACCUCCAUUGCUCUUGUCCUCGUGAGCAACCCUGGUGCCGAGUUCCUAGUAUCGUGACCGGGUGCCCGACAGGCCUCCUCUCUGGAGGCUUUGGUAUCGAACCGCAUCCGGGUCUCUUCUGAUGUGGCUGCAUGUGGCAGUGAACAGGCAGCGAAUCAGUGGAUUAUGCAACUCCGCUGCCACGAGCGACUUCGCUGUCAAGGCCGGACAGGGCUGGUGACACGCGACCUAGAGUGAGGUGGAUUACAUUCAGUCACUGCCGGAGCUUUGAACUUGGUUAUGGAUUGGCGACUGACUCAGUCGUGGGAUCGCGACUGAGACAGACGACUGGGACUGGCUGGUAACCCGACAUGAUGGGUAGUACAGCCGACCGAUAAUGCCAGCGGCCAAGCGUAAACGGGCAGGUGUGUGUGGGUUUUGUCCUGGAUAGCGUGUCGUAUGUACUGGGGCUUCGUGAAUGUAUCGGUAAGCUCGACUGUCAUGGCCGGGAGCAGCGGGUCAUAGCGUCUGCCGUUUGUCGUGCCUCCCACCCAGUUAAUCACUAUAUCCUCGUGAGUAUUCAACUGUGCGUGAACUGGCAGGGUUUCUUUUAUAUCGUGUGUGCAAAUUCAGUCGAACCGUUAGGAACCGCGCUAGUUUUCUACUGCUUUUACGACCGUAGGAUGGUUCCUUCGCUUAUGCAGCGCGAUAAACGGGUGGCGCUGUUGCUAUGAGCGAUACCUGCGUCGCUCC